CCCCCCGUGAGGUAGGUGGAUGAUAUCACUGGCCGACGGGGCUCACACGUGACCCCCACCCGGCGCAACGCGCAACUCACCCAAAAGGCAAGGCCCCCAAUUGCCGUAUGAUAAACUCCAUCCCCCAGUUUCCCUCCCUGGGCCUCUUCCCAUCGCUACUUUCAUAUCACCUGCUGUGCCAUGGCUAUUAGGCCGUGAAUUAUUCAAACCACUCACUUGUUGUCUAUUGAAUAUCCGCCAAACGAGUCACUACGCCAGUGGCCAACUCACAACCUCUUAUCUCCGAUCGGCUACGUUGCAACCGACGUGGACGCUGCCUUAUCAUCGCCAAGGAUACCGCUGAUCCCUAGUCCUGCUGGUUGACGCAAGAAGCACCCCUUCUGCCUUUUCCAGAGUGUUGAUCGUCUGCGUUCCCUACUUGCGCUUUCGAUAUAUCGGUCGCGAUCUUGACCGUUAUUGUCAAAGAUGAAGUUUCUUCCCCUUCCCGAGAUCGAGGACGUUACGAGUUCCCUGAACUUCGAUACCGCCGAUUGCCAUAUCCUUGGAGGUUGCGACCUUUACACGACAAAGGCCGCACGCGCCGACCGUAAAUUGUACAAGAACAUCGAACAAUCACUCGAGGCACAGUAUGAGUCUGUUCUUCGCCUGUCCGCAUCCCUGUCACCACCGAAUGCGUCGGACGCUGCUGCCUCGCUCAACCUAUCGCGGUCUAGUCCCUUCGGGCCCCUGAGCGACCAUUCGAGCCGGAGGACAUUUGCCUACUUGAUCGCAACGCUCAAUGCAAGCCACCCGGACUACGACUUCUCUCAUGUGCUGCGCCCGUCCGACUUCCAUCGUGAAAGGAAUCUCAAAAGGGUGAUGAAUACGAUCGAUACUACAUUAUUCAAUCUUCGGCCGCGAGAAGCCAUCGAUCUUGCGCCUCCGUCCCCGGUUACAAUCUCCGGGUCCUACAACGCUGGGGCUUCCGCUACGUGGGGUCCAAGAAUGUGGCGGAUCAUUGAUGAGCAGCUAUCGCUGAAGGAGUGUUCUAUCUACACUUAUUCCCCGGAAGAAGAUCCGUCCGAUGCAGACGACGGAGCGAUCUGGAGUCUACAUUACUUCUUUUUUAACCGUAUUCGGAAGCGUGUUUGCUACCUCUACCUUCGAGCAAUCCCGAUCCUGAGUCAUACACCCAGUGAAGGACUCGCCACACCGACAGCAAAGAGGACAUACGACGACGGUUAUCUGACACCGGAUCUCGGAUCAAGCAAGCGAGCUCGCUACUGGCUCGGCGAAGGUAUCCAACUGGAAGACGAGAGCGAUUCCGACCAAGACCACGCCGGCAAGCCAACCCGACCUGUUGUCGAUGAAUACGACAACUACGUGCUCAGCGACGAGGAGUUCCGAUCCAGAUCCGGCAGCAAGGGCACGGUUCGUGCCAUGAGUGAGGAGAUAGCCGACUCGAUGGAGGUUUAAAUUACGAUUCAACUUGUUACGACUUGCUAUUGGCUUCCCUGCCUUACCUUUUAAUCUUCGGCUGUCACUCCCUUUUUCUUCUUCAGUUCCAUAUGAAUAGUUUCCAAGUCUUGCUUUGUUCUUUUAUAACUUCUUUUACCGCAUCUACUUAGGGUUGGAGGCGUUCGGUGACCGGCAGGGAUGAUAAUAGGCCGCUCCUGCUGAAGUCGUUGUUGUGUUGGUUUUGUUGAUUUUGCGCUGCAUACCCAAUUCGUUGUGGCGCGCCGAGGGCGUUGACAUUGCGUGCUAUACUUGCCGUUCUUGUACUUAUGAAUCUUAACCCAAUGGACUGAUAAUGUGAUUUGGAAGCAUAUCUACCUAGCGACUGAGUCGUGGUCCUAUUGUGGAGCAAAUCUCAUGGUAAACCCACAAUGAUAACAACAGAAGUCCAAGAAAGGCUAAAGAUAAAGGCGAAGAAAGGGAGCAAUCCAGUACAUCCCCCCAUUUCCUCAAAAAGCACACCAUAAAUUUCUAAAAUUAAAACACAUACCCACAAUAGGAAAACCCAAUAGACAUACACAUUGUCUUGAGGCUGCAAAGUAGGGACCAUAAGCAAGGUGGCCCGUGCUCCAUCGGGGAAAGCUGUCCGUUCC